AUUAACAUAAGGUAUGUAAUCAAGAUAAACUUAAAGUAAGCGCAGUUGUUACUAAUCUUGAAUAAAAUACACUUAUUUCAGAUGGAUGGUCACUAUUUAUUUUACUUGCUCUAUUAACUGUUGUAUUUUUUUGUCUAUUCUUGCGGUGUAAUGAUCUAGAGCAAUUAUAAAAGUAUAAUAAACUAUUGUUAUCACUACGAUUUUAGGUAAUUCCCCUUUUCUGUCAUUAUUUGUGUAUGAGGAGGAAUUGGAAACGAGGGAGAGGUCAGUAUAAAAAUUGUUACCCAGAUUCCCGUGAAAGAGCACCACCUGAUCAUGAAAGAUAUUCCACUCACCGAUCAUUUUCGAGAGGAAAAGAAGUAGAGUGCAGUGAUCCAGAAUUUCAAUCCUUACAUAGUCAACGAAAAUUUCAAAAUCCCACUUAUUCGCAACAUAGAUCUCAUUCCUCAGGCUAUAGAUCAGUGGAUUAUAAUCCAGAUAAUUAUUCAGACAAAAUGGCAUCGAAUAAUAAUAAUUUUAAACCUUAUUCACCAUCAGAUGAUAAUGAAAAUGAACCAAUGAGUAUUUUAGAUGAGACAAGUUCUUUCCUUGAAAGGCUCAGAAAUCAAAAACCAUCUGAAUUUAUUAUAGAAUAUAGAAAAAAAAUUGAUUUCCUUUUGGAACAGUCUACUAAAAAAAAUUUAGAGAAUGUUGAAAGAAUGCACGCAUAUAAGCAACAAGGAACGCCGAGUGAUAUUUUUCAGGCACAUGUCCAUAAUUUGCAUCUCCAAAGGGAAGAGUUUGAAAAUUUUGUAAAAAGUGCUAAGCAAAAAUUAUCUUCUUUGUUAUCUUGUGAAAUGAUUGAAAUUUUGCAAAAAGGUGAUUCAAUUCUUGAAUCUGUAAAAAGUGAGUGUAAGCUUUUUGAUAAAGUUCUCCCUGGUUACAGUCUAAAAAGUUCAUUAGUUUCUAAAUUAAAUGAUAACAGGGUUAUCAUUGUAUCAUCUGAUUCUAUGUACUAUCUAAAUGUUGUUUUCCCGAUUUUAUUGAAAAAUGAGUACCCCAACCACCUAUUGUUGUCCUGUGAAGCUAAUGAGAUAUUAAGCUCCAGUUUGAAAAUUAAUGUGAAUAACCUGUGUCCCAAAAGUAGUAGAUCAGGUGGGAAGGGAAAUGAUAUAAGGUUCUUUACUGCUGAGGAGUUGCUGAAUUUUAUUUUAAAAGAUCCUAAAAUAGUUAAUAGAGAAAAGGAUUUUAUUUCGAUUUGCAGAUUACCCUUAAAACGCACCAUUAUAGUUGACAUGUUAUUAGCUAAGUUGAAAGAUGUAUUGGAGGAUCAACAAGAUUCUAAACUCAUUUUAUUAUUAUCAUCAUGUGAUAAAUCUGUAAAGUAUGAAAGCUACUUUUCUGAUUAUGAAGUGGAUAUUAUCACGCCACCUUGCCUUACAUUUCCUGCUUCUACCGUCUGGAAAAAAUCACCUCUGUUACCUACAGAUGAUUAUAUUGAUGAUGUUGUUAAAACUAUUGUAUCCAUUCAUUCUUUAAAUGAAGAUGGAGAUAUUAUGGUAUUUCUACCAUCCAUUCCUGAUAUUCAGUCUGCUUCAGUGGCCUUGCGAGCAAAGCUAAAUUCUUUGUCCUUUACCGAUUUAGAUUUUGCUUUGCUUCAUGAAAACAGAACUCAACCUGAGCAAAUGAAAUGGUUAAACAUGUGCUAUCAGAAACAAUCCAAAAAUAGAGUUGUAUUUUUAGUUACAGACUGUGCCGAAUCAUUUGUAAUUCCCUCUGUUUCGUAUGUAAUUGAUUGUGGGUUAAAAAGAGAGCCAUUGUAUGAUCCUAGUAAAAAAUUGGAUGUUUUAACUACUCACUUCAUUUCUUGCGAUAGAGCAAAGUUGCUCAAAAAAAUAGCCGGUGCUCUUGCUAGCAAUGGUGUUUGCUAUCGAUUGUAUAGCAAAGAAAAUUUUUGUGAUGAAAUGCCUGCAUCAGAAUGUCCUGAAAUUCUUACUAUUGAUCCUUUUAAUGCCAUGAUAAAAGUAUAUCAGUAUGAACCUUACAGUGCUGCUGCUAUAGAAUUUGUGGAAAACCUCCCUUCAGAAACCAAAUCUCGUGCUCUGAAUUUAUUAAAAAAAUCAAAUGCCAUCAAAGAUAAUAAACUAACUAAAUUAGGUGAAAGAAUAAUAAAGCUCCCUUUUCCUCCGUUAUAUUCGAAAGUUAUUUCUGUUGGUAUAGAAUGGGAAUUGGGAUUUGAAGCUGUUAUACUUGUUGCAUUUUUGUCAGUAAAAGGAAGAAUUUUCAAAUAUUUCAAUGAUACAGAAUUACAGAGAAAAGUUGAUGCUGUAAAGUGCCAAUUGAAUCAGAGUGAAAGUGAUACAAUUUCUUACCUUUAUAUUUAUAAAUUAUGGCUGGAAAAUAACUCAAGUGCUUCAUGGUGUGAAAAAAUGUAUCUUAAUUCUGAUACAUUAAAGCAUGUCCAUGUGAAAGUAGGAGAAAUCUGUCAAAUCGUUGAAGAUAAUCUGAAAAAAAAUAUAACUCGUGAGUUUAAAGAUGAGGAUGUAACUUCUUCAUUACUUGAUUUAUUAUUUGAAUGUUUCAAAAUGAAUCUCUGUGUUUUUACUGGACAUCACCGAAGUGGUUACAGGAUGCUUUCCUCUCGAUGUGUUUCCUUUUUACAUCCUUCCUCUAUUAUAUGCCAAACUGAGAAGUUGCCCGAGUUUAUUGUAUUCGACCAUAUGAUUUCUACUACCAGAGAUUUUUUAAUUAAUAUUACUGCUAUACCAAAAGAUAUCGUUAUGAGUGCUUUGACUACUGAACAGUCGUUAGAUUUCGAUUACUCGGACAUGUUUGAAAAUACUUUAGUUGAGAAAGUUAUUGAACCUGUUGGAGAAAGAAUUAUUAAGCAAGUUCUGCUUGGCAAGAAAGGACGCAAAUUGAAAGAAACUGAAAACAAAAUUAAAGCUACUCUAUCAGACGAGUCUAUUGUAAUUGAUCCAUCCAUAGAAAAAGGACGAAUUAGUGUGUUUGCUUCUGAAGCUUGUAUUGAUGAGGCAGUAAGAGUUCUUGAAGAUAUUAUCAAACAAGAAAAUGAAAAUCUUUUGAAUUCUGAAGAAACUCAUCUUCUUAAAAUGAUAAAUGGUAAUGUUGUUAUACCAGUUGAGUUAAAAUGGUUAAAGGGUGGAAAAAUAAAAUCUUUGAUGGUAAAGCAUAAUAGUACAACUGAAAGCCAAGAUAGUUUAGGUGAUAAAAAACAAGCAGAUAAUGUACCUUAUUCUAUCAAAAAAUCUAUUAAUAUAAAUUUCAUAAGAAGGAAAUGUCGUGAUGUAGCUUUAGUAAAAUUUUCUCCAAAGCAUUUUGCAUUUGCACGAAAAUAUGCUAUGAGAAGUAUCAACCUUUUUGGGGUUGAAGUUUUCGUUAGUGUUGAUCAGAGUAAUAUUUUGGCUCUAUCAAACUUACCAGCAGAUGCAAGGCUAAUUGAAGUUGAAUCUGAAUUAAGGAGGCUUUUGCCUCCUCUUAUAGAGUUUGAAAGAGUUGAACUAAAAUAUGAACCUCCAUUUGAAACCUCUUCAAAUGAUCUGCUAAUUAUUACACAAAAAAUAGAAGAUGUAUGCAGGAAACACACUAAACUUGUUGACUUCAAAGUAGUAGUUAAUAUGCCAAAACCAUCUGCCACUCUAAUGAAAGUAUAUAUAAAUGUUUCAAAUGAUGAAGAUAUCGUAUCAGCUUCUGACGAGCUUUCAAACAACUUAAAAUUCCUUUUUGGUGUUCAGUGUACGCCUAAUUUUAGUACUGUAAUUAAAUCCAGUCUCAAGAUUAUUAAUGCCCUACAACCUCGUUUUGAAGAAAAACUGAUAGAACUUGAAGAAAUGGUAAAGGAAAGAUUUGGUCACAAUGGUCUUUUUAAGUUUGAUAUUUUCCCAUUUGAUGAUCAAAUAUGCUCACUAAAAAUGGCUUCUAGUAACUAUGAAAUAUUACAAGCUUUGCAAAGGACUAUUUAUAGUUUGUUAGAAGGGGAUGUAUUGGACCACAAUUUUAAUAAAGACAUUGGUAAGUUACUUUGCCAUGGUGGACUGUUGCGGCUUAAAACUUUGGAAGAAUCUUUUGGUGUUCACAUUGUUUGUGAAUACAAGACUAAAUCAUUAAGAUUAUUUGGCUCUGCAGAGAAAUGUCACUCCGUUAAGCAACAAAUUCUUCAAUUUAUACUUGAAAUCGAAACAGAAACAGCUAAAGAGAUUUCUUUAGCUACUAAGAGCAAUAACAGAAUUCUACUGAAAACUUUAUUAGUUCAAUAUGGUGCUGACUUAGAAAAUUUUAUUGGUUCUUGUGGACUUAGAUUAGCUGUACUUAAUUUUAAGUCUUGUACACUGACCUUGCAUGGUGAUGAAGACAGCAUCAUUAAGGCUGAAUUUAUUUUAAAAGAAUUAGCCAGCAGUAUAGAUCUCAAUAAUUUUGCUGAUGUGUUAGACGAUGAAGAAGUUUGUCCUGUGUGUGUAUGUCGCGCUCAGAAUUUAACACAUCGCCUUGAGAUGUGUGGACAUUUAUAUUGUUUUGAAUGCCUACAAGCCUUAGUUCUUCAAGCUCAGUUUCCAAUAAAGUGCUGUUUAGAAGGAUGCAAUAAAGAACUUAUUUUAGAUGAUAUCAGCAAGGCACUUGAAUAUGACCAGGCAAAAUUGGAUGCCUUAUUGAAAAAGUCUAUGGAAAAGUAUCUGGAGGAUCAUAGGGAAGAAUAUAUUUAUUGCCCAGGACCAGAUUGCUCUAUGUUCUUCAAUAAAAAUGGCUUCUCUGAAUCCAAACAUACUUGUUCUUUGUGCCUCAAUGAUAUAUGUAUCAAGUGUAAUGUUGUGUAUCACCAAGGAUUUUCAUGUGAAAUGUAUCAAGGUUCAAAAAAUGAUCCUGAUUACUCAUUUAAAAUCUGGCAAAAAGAAUCAUCUGAAUGUAAACAAUGUCCCAAUUGCAACACUGCUAUUCAAAAAGAUGGAGGAUGUGAUCACAUGACAUGUAGAACUUGCCAUUCACACUUUUGUUGGGUUUGCGUACAAGAAUUUCCAGAUGCAGACGCUGUAUACAAUCACAUUCCUUUUUGUCCAAAACACCCCAGAUGGUGAUAAAUAUUGUUUUGUAACCCAAUUUGUUUUGUUAAUUAUGACUUGUUUUUCAUGAAAGAACUUUUCCAUUUACGUAAGAUAGUAUCUUAAAAUGUAAAUCCAUCCUGUAAAAAUAAGCUUAAAUUUUUACAGGAUGGAUUUUUUUUUUAUUGAUAAAUAUGUAUUGAUUUUUUUUAUGUUCAAAAUAUGUAAGGAUAGGAUAAUUUUUUUAUAAUAUGUAAUAUAAAAGUGUGUGGCAGAUAUGAUUAAUUAAACUCUUUAAUUAGUUUGUGGCAUGUCCAAUCAUAUAGUUAAGUAAUUCAAAUUUUCUAUAGCUCUAACUUCAGAUGCCGAAUUUUCAGUGUAUUUACUCUGAACUAAAAUUAGUGUACAUUGUACCAGGUCUUUAAGUAUUUGUGACUUUAGUUAACUUUAAAUUUUUAUUUUGCAAAAUAUUGAUUACUAAACAAUAUAUUUUACUAAAAUUGUAUGUCUUUAAACAAAAUGGAAAUAACUAUACCUUCAUUACUUAAUGCACCUUUGCGGCAUGUCCAAUCUUUUAGAGUGAGUUAAGUAAUUCAAAUUUUCUACAGCUUUAAUUUCAGAUGCAGAAUUUUAUGGUUAUUUACUUUUAAGUUAAAUUAGUGACAAUUUUACCAGAUCUUAAAGUAUGCAUGACUUUAGUUACUUUAAAUUUUUGUUUUGCGAAAUGUUGAUUACUACACAAUAUUAUUUACUAAAAUUUUAUAUUUUUUACGAAAUGAUAAUAACUAGUAUCACUUCAAGUAGCAUUUAAAAUUUCAUUCAUCUUUUUUGAAAGUGGUAAUGCUAUCAAAUGUAACAAAACCUAAAUUCUUAAAUAUUCAUCAGUGCUUUAUGUGUUACGUUAUUUCAUAAAAUUGAAUUUUGAAUAAAUGUCAAAAGAUAUUGAGGCGUGUAUUUUUUAGCAACUUAAAAGUCGUGCAAUUAAAAAGUCUUGUGUUUCCUUAACGUUGCAAAUUUUUUUUGAACAAGCAUAUGCUUUUAGGAAUAUAACAGGAAGAUAAAUAUUGAAUUAAAUCACAGAUCCUGAUUGAUUUAGUAUUGAACAGAAAUACCGCUUGCUAACACAUGAAUUGCUGAAUUGAAACUAAAAUUUGCUAUGAAGCUGUAAUGAAUUUUCAUUUCACUGUGUAUAAAACAAAUUGUUUUCAAUUUUUGUAUUAUUUACUUUAAAUUUAAAAAUUAUACUAUAAUCUUAUAUUUAUGCUCAACAUUUGUAUUGUGCCUUAUACUUUGAAAUAUUCAUGUAUUUUGUUAUUAUAUUUUGUAUAUUUUCUAUUUUUUUUUUACACUUAAUGUUAACACAAAUCAAAAAUAUGAGCAUUUAGUGGAGAGAGUUACAAAAAAGAUUAAAUAUUUAGUCUAUUAAGCUAGUCUACAUUAUUUGCCAAACUUUGAAAUAUCUUUGUUGAUUAUAAAACAUUGUAAAAUAUUGUUAUUUUUACAUUGUAAACAUAAAGAUGUAAGAAAUUAUAUAUCUUUUGGUAAAACUGUCAUUUAAAUAUCACUUUUAUAAAAUAAACUUUGUGUAUAAAGGAA